AUGGUUUACAACCAACUAUCCUUUAGCAAACAAAACUCACAAAAGUCCAUUAGAUUGGAACUCAAUUCUGCUGAUCAAAAGGCAAAUCCAAUAAUGGUUGUUGCUGGAGCACCAGGUACAGGAAAGUCACGUCUCCUUGUGGAAUAUCCUGCGCUACUCCGUGGAGAUCUUAGUCCUCUCUCUCAAAUUCAUCACGUUGAUUUAUUUACAACAUAUGGAAACGGAUCACAUUUUAGCCAGGAUGAAAUUAGUAUGGGUAUAGAGGAAUCGUUUUCUCUCAGAGUUUUGGCUGCAUACUUUGGGAUCGAAUUCAAUGUUGUAUUGACCAAAUUCAAGUUAUCAAAAAUAAGACUCACCCUCUAUGAAACGUUAAACGCAAUCAAAACACUUGAAAAGAAAGACCAAAUUGGAAUUUAUUUAUCAAUCGACGAAUUUCAAAGACUUUUGGGUGAAACAGGAAGUGAUCAAGAGAAGAGAGGAAAUCUCAAAAAAUUGGUCAGGGCAAUUGGAUCAAUUCAGUGUUCCCCACCAAAGGGCGUAUUUGUUGUAUCUCUAAUCGGUGGAACUCUCCUUACUCCUCUUCAAAAGGCUAUAUCAAUGGAUUCGGCAUAUCCUACCAUGCAAAUCAACAUCCCUUUGAUUCAUCACACAUCUGAUAUUCAAAAUAUCGUUGAUACCACUGGUGCGAAGGUAUUCAGUGAAAACCACCAUUUUCAGACAGCCCUAUUGUAUAUUGGUGGAUGGCCAAGAGCUCUCGAUGAGAAAUCCAUUGAUUCAUCGACCAUCAAUCAAGAGUAUCAAAAGGUUAAAGGCAGUGUCAAAGAUUGGAAAGGUUUAACUAUCCCAAAAGAAGCUAGAGUGAUUCAAUAUCUCUGUACAGUCUUGCCUUGUGAAUAUGCCCCUCAAUGCAAAGACUAUAUAGUUAUUUCUGCAAAUAAUCAUUUCAGCCAUUUUGGAUCAAUUUUCUCACAAGUUAUUCCCCAAUAUGCUGCAUCAUUCACUACCCCCUGGGUGACCUUUACCACAUCGACCACUGACAGAAGGAUUACUGAAUCAACCGAGGAUGACGCAAUGACGACCGAUGAGGAUUAUGAUAUGAAAGAAGAAGAAGAAUAA